UGUCUUGUUUGUUCUUCUUCUUGUUAGGUCUUCCCACCAAAAAUCGGGAAAAAUCCCAUUUUGUCAACAAUUUCGGUAUCUUUUUGGGAAACCCUAGCUCGCGACUGUAGAUCUGUGAAAAUAACCUUCUAGGUUCGAAUCCAUGGCUUCUCGGAGGAGAAUGCUUCUCAAGGUCAUAAUCCUCGGCGACAGCGGGGUUGGGAAGACUUCGCUGAUGAAUCAAUACGUGAAUCGUAAAUUUAGCAAUCAGUAUAAAGCUACAAUUGGAGCUGACUUCUUAACAAAAGAAGUCCAAUUUGAAGAUCGCCUCUUUACGUUGCAGAUAUGGGAUACAGCAGGGCAAGAAAGAUUUCAGAGUCUUGGUGUAGCUUUUUACCGUGGUGCGGAUUGUUGUGUCCUUGUGUAUGAUGUUAAUGUCAUGAAAUCAUUUGACAACCUUAACAAUUGGCGUGAAGAAUUUCUAAUUCAGGCUAGCCCAUCCGACCCUGAUAACUUUCCAUUUGUAGUAUUGGGAAACAAGAUAGAUGUCGAUGGUGGGAAUAGCCGUGUGGUAUCCGAGAAGAAGGCAAGAGCAUGGUGCGCCUCAAAGGGGAACAUUCCAUACUUCGAGACGUCUGCUAAAGAGGGACUCAAUGUUGAGGCUGCUUUCCAGUGCAUAGCCAAGAAUGCAUUGAAGAAUGAACCAGAGGAAGAAAUAUAUCUUCCGGAUACUGUGGAUGUGGCUGGUGGUGGGAGGCAGCCAAGGUCAUCAGGUUGCGAGUGCUAGACUAUCGUAGACAAGCUGCUGGUUUCUGUCUCCUCUAUUUUGUUCUGCAGUUGCAACGGAUUGCAGCAAAGCUUGUUGCAACCUUCUGUAUUCUAGGAUCAUGUCUGGCGAAUUGCAUUAGUUGCUUAAGGGAUUCCUAUCUUCAUUGUUAUUUAAGCUUGUUUUAUUCGGCAGUGUAUAAUUUGGAUUAUGUCUUUCUGGAUGAUUACUUGGAAAACUUGGCGUGAUUUUUUUAGUGAAUUUGAUAUUGUUGACUACUCUGUUUUCUGUA